AUGGCGAAGCUUGUUAUCAUUGGAGACAGUGCUUGCGGCAAGACAAGCUUGCUAAGCAUGUUCACUCUUGGCAAUUUUCCAGCAGUUCCAACAGUUUUCGAGAAUUAUAUAACUAAUUGUAUAGUGGAUGGACAAGCUGGGGAGUUUGCCUUAUGGGACACGGCUGGGCUGGAAGACUAUGCACGAUUAAGGCCACUUGCAUACUCGAACGCAAAUAUCAUUCUAAUCGGUUUCUCUGUCGAUGACCUCUGCUCGUUAAAUAAUGUCAAGUGCAAGAAGAAGGACCUUCGGGAAGACCCAACUGCGAUCGGGGAGAUAAGAGAGAGUCCCCUGCGACUCGUCACUGAACAUGAAGGCGAGAUAGUUGCUCACAAGAUUGGCGCCAAAAUAUAUCUGGAGUGCUCGAGUUUAAGCGGCGAGGGUGUCGUAUGUAUAUAUGUAUGUAUGUAUAUUUUUCGUCCGGGGGGCCGUAGGCCCCAAAGUCCCCUACUGGGGCACAGGACGUGCUGA